GCGCAAACGGAAGUGAUUCAAUGCGAAUGUAUGCAAAAGCGAAAGUGAAUGUGUUUAUGUUGGGGAAGCAGGUUAACAAAUUUACGUAUUUUUACAUGACCUGGUGAUAUAAGAUAUACGUAAAUAAAGAAAAUGGCUGGACAGUUGACUGAUAAGUACAUUGAUCAGCUGGAGUCCUGGAUUGGCACGGGACCCAAGAUCUUCACCCUGCUCUACCAAAUAACCAGGCACGGGUGUAACGCUACAACAUUCCACCAGAAGUGUGACAACCAGGGACCCACUGUGACGGUGCUGUACAACCAACAAGGAUCUGUGUAUGGAGGUUAUGGAAGUUUGAGCUGGAACAGCAGCAGCUCAUAUAUAAAAGAUGCAAACGCGUUUAUCUUUCAACUAAGGUAUUCCGGCAACGAUAAACCAACCAAGUUUCCAAUAAUAGAUACGCAUACACACUUUGGUUUAAAAGGAAAUUCUACAUACGGGCCAACGUUUGGUGGUGGACAUGAUCUACAAGCAUUCACUGGUACAGUAAACAGCUCUGGUGGUUAUUUCGCUUUAAACGGCUACAUGAAUGCACAUUCCUUCGACUACCAAGGCCUUACUGUCGACAAAAUAAACAAUGGCAACUUGCAAGUGACCGAACUAGAGGUAUACGCCAUAACAGACGGUCAGCGGAAAAUGUCACAACCAAAACAAACACAACCCUGGAGAAAAACUCCGGAAUGGACUGAAAAGUACCUUGAGACGCUUACCGAGGACAUCGUAUCGUUCAAACCCUCCUGCGAGUUGGGACUGUCGGAUGUCCGUAUCCUGAUGCUGGGUCCAGUGGGGACGGGCAAGUCGAGCUUCUACAACACCGUCAACUCAGUAUUCAAGGGUCGUAUCUCCCAUAAUGCACCAUGUGGGGUCGCUUCUAAUGGCAUAACAAUUGCGUACAACCCUUAUGCGGUCAAUAUGCGUUCUGGUGCGACGUUGAAUUUCCGGCUCUGUGACACACGUGGUCUAGAGAUCAAUCAAGGUCUAGACAUACUGGAGUUCAACUACUUGCUGGAUGGAAACAUCCCAGAUCAUUAUCAGUUUAACCCAGUCGUACAAUUUUGCCCCGAUCACCCUGCGUUCGUUUAUAAGCCGAGGAAUACAGAUAAGAUUCACUGCGUUUUGUUUGUGAUCGACGCUGCAACUCUAGGUGACAUUCCACCGAAACUGGUCGACAAGAUGAGCAACUUUCAAAGACUUGUGAAUCAAAAAGGAAUUCCGCAAGCUGUUAUGCUGACCAAAGUCGACCUGGCGUGUCAGAAUGUUGCCAGUACACUCUCCAGCGUGUUCACCAGCAAGAAAAUUGAGGACGCUGUGAACAAAGUAUCCAUCAUGUUCGGGUUGCCUAGAAACCACGUACUUCCGGUGAAGAAUUACGAAAAUGAAAUAGAGCUGGAUGACAACAUCAGCAUCAUGGCGUUGCUUGCGCUGCGUCAGCUACUGCACUUUGCAGAGGAUUACAUUCAGGUUCUGCAAGACAAACUAAAAUCUUCCAACGAGAAGCCUAACAAACGAGAAUCAAUUGAAAAAGGCAGUGACCAAGAAUAAUGGAAGACAUUUCGAAGCUUAAACUAGUUUAUCGUACAUGUGUGUAUUUUAAUUUUAGGUUUCGAAAUGUUAACCCGAAUGUUAUAUUGGUGAGAGGGUCGAGUUAUUGAAUGCAAAUGGUUAAUUUUCUAUUAUCAUAUUGUAUAAAUGUGUGAUAUCGAUCGGUAUAUGAACAUAUAAACUAUUUAUGACGUGUGCUUUUAUUUUAACAUUGUUUUAAAUUUGUAAUGUCUGUUACGUAGUGAUUGUGCAUAUAUUAUAUAAUAUCUCUUUCAUUUGAUGGACUUUCUCGACAGAAUACUUACCAAUUAAUACAUAUUUUUAAGUGAAUGUAAAUCAUUUAAACACAUUAAAACAGUACUAAAACGGAGGAUGCAGGUAGGUAAUAAUUAAACGUUAAUAAUAUGUCAUGAUCAACCUUGGUGUUAAUGUUUAAAAGUGACGUGCAAAAUGUGGCAAUACAUGUUUAGUAUCAACAAGAAAUGUAGUGUAUAGAACGCAAAUUAAAUAAUUAUUAAAGCAUUAUUAUUAAUAAAAUUUAAAUUAUA